AUGGCUCUCGUCGACUACUCUUCCUCCGGGUCCGAUUCGGAGCCCGAUACGCAACCUGUCAAACGCCGUAAAGCGGUUGACGGCUCGUCCCGGAGUACAGACGGAGAUAGUGCUGCGGGUGCUUCUUCUAUGCCGCCCUUGCCUGAUACCUUUCAUGAUCUGUAUGCUUCCACUGUUCGACAAAGUGUCGUUGAUGAUCCGAGUCUGCACCAGGGCCGGAAGCGUCAUAUUCCCCAUGUAGUUGGCAACUGGCCCAGUCAUGUAUACACCGAGUGGCAUCCAUCUACCGAACAGCAUGGACUUCUCACCACUCUUAUCGCCGACAUUGAAGAACAAGUGUCGAGUGACACCAAGCUCUUUAAUUUCCUGACCAGCGAUCUGGGAUCACCUCUACCACUUCACAUCAGCCUAUCUCGUCCGCUAUCACUCACAACAAGUGCCAAAGACGAGUUCCUAGAUAAGAUAACAGAAUCCUUCAACAGCAGCGGCAUCGCACCCUUCACCGUCAAGCCCCAGAGCCUCGCAUGGUUUAGAUCGCCAGACUCGGACCGCACGUUUCUUAUCCUCCGGGUUGCAAGCGGUCCCGACACCAAGCCUUUGAACCCAGAACUUACCAGCUUGCUAUUACGGAGCAACUCGGUAGCAGCACAGUUUGGACUGCCAUCGUUGUAUGCACGAUCUCCAGACGAGCCAGUCGGGGGUGCGUUCCACGUCUCCAUCGGGUGGACGUUUCAUUUACCAGGGGAUGACAUGUCGCUCAAGACGCUGCGACUCUUUAAACAGUCCAAGUUUGACGAUAUACGCAAGUUGGAGAUUAGCGUGCCGGGCGUCAAGGUCAAGAUUGGAAAUGUCGUGAAUCACAUUGCGCUUAAGACAGGUCGAAGCGGUGCACCCAAGUCGACAUCUUUUCUCAAGUCGUGA